AUGCCGGAUCUCUCUGGGUCGAUCCCGAGCCCUGAUCCGGUUUGCGGGGUUUCCGGAUCUUGCCGGAUCUGCGGGGUCCGGAUCGGAACCCUAGGAUGUCUCCACAGCAAAUCCAACAUCCCCUACAAAAAAGAUACACAGGACCCGCCGGGGGAACUGCAACACUCCCCAUUUCCUCAAGCCCACUCACAUCCAAUUCGUCUCGUCCACCUCUACGACCCUUACCACCCCUAUUCAGAACCGAAAAUGAUUAAGAUCUGGUCAUUGAAGAAAGCCGAAUCGGAUGCUGCCAAGAAGAAGCCCAAGACGAGUGCAGCUCAGAUCCGAGUCCAAAAAGAUCUCACCGAGCUCGAGCUUCCUUCAACUAUGACCACACAUUUCCCUGAUCCUACCGAUCUCCUCAACUUUACACUGACCAUCAAGCCAGAUGAAGGAAUGUACAAAGGCGGCUCGUUUAUUUUCAACUUUGUGAUCAAUUUAAAUUACCCUCACGAGCCACCCAAGGUGAAGUGUACCCAAAAGAUCUACCAUCCGAACGUCGAUAUUGAGGGGAACGUGUGCCUCAACAUUUUGAGAGAAGAUUGGAAGCCGGUGUUGAACUUGAAUGCGGUCAUAGUUGGGCUACAGUACCUGUUUUUGGAGCCCAACGCAGAUGAUCCAUUGAAUAAGGAGGCUGCCAACGAUCUGAGGAACGAUCGGAUCGCAUUCGAGCAUAACGUUAGAAGUAGCAUGAAUGGUCGGUCCAUCAGGGGCACUUCUUACGACGUUGUGACGACAAAACGAUCAUGAACCUCACAACUUAACUCCUCUCAUAUCCUCAAACUCCGUGUUGUAUCGCCAUGAUUACCUUUGUGUGGAAUAGAGGAAGUUCUGGUCGUUUUUUGAUCUGCAUGUGUACUCUGCCCCCAUGUGAUUUAGUUUACCGUCACUAUACAUACCUUCAAAUCGUGAGCGUCGCCUCGCUUUUUGCUAAAUCUAGGAACCCUUAACCACCUUGUUCCUUCAGGCUAUCAUCGAGUUACAUAAGUUGCUGGACUUUCGAGCGUGCAAGCUCAUAUACGCAUGCUCUUUGGUCAAAAAGGGCACAAGCUCGUCUAUAGUUGUGCUCAUUGCCGGUGAUCCAUCAAAUGCUCCGCUGACUCAAGUGGUACAAGUUGUGUCGUCAUGUAAUAUAUCGAUCCUUAGGAUAGGC